ACCCCGUCUUUCAACUUCUUAUAGUAUUAAAGUUUUUAUAAUAAAUUGUGAAAACUACAAUAUAUUAUACUCCACUUGUUUUGAAUUCUUUUCUUUUUGUUGCUAAUUAAUUGCCUAUGGGAAUCAGAAAGAAAGAAAUUGAAGUAAUUAAUUGGCUAAUGACAAACUUGAAAGGCCACCCAAUCUCCAUCUCAUCUUAAAUUUUCUAAUUUAUUGUUCCAUUUUACUUAAUUUUUUUUAUAAAAUAAUUUUUUUCUCAUUAUAUCCUUAGUUUGAAACUAAUAACAAGACACAAUUAAGAGGAACAAAAUGAUAAAAUUAUAUUAUUAAUUAUUAUUUUCUUAAUAACUGUGUCAUUCUAAUUUGAAAUGGGUAAAGGAGAUUCAAGACCAGCAAGUCUAAGAGGCCAGCAUUUGCAUUUAUCUUUUUCCUCCUUAUUUUUAUUUUUAUUUUGACAUUUUUCUUCAUUUCUCAACAUAAUAAAACCCAGCUAAAGCUAGCAUUUCCCUCCCAAAUCAGCUUCACAUUUCAUGGUUCAUUGUCAAUUAUUGAAAGAAGCUCUGCCAGAAGUUAAUUAGAAGCUAUAAAUUUUUGAGGUGGCUACCAUAUUAUGUUAGAAUGAUUUUGUUUGAGCACAUAUAAAACAUUGAAGAAGAUAAGAAGGUGAAAAGUGAAGCUAACAGUCUCCUCCCAUGGCAAACUCCCGUAGAGUGGCAGUAAUUGGAGCAGGCGUAGCCGGUCUUGUAACAGCACGUGAGCUACGAAGAGAAGACCACCGAGUUGUAAUUUUCGAGAAAUCAAACCAACUCGGUGGUCAAUGGGUAUACAAUCCCCUAGUCGAGACUGAUCCACUCAGUCUCGACCCAAACAGAGAAAUUAUUCACAGCAGUCUUUACAAAUCCCUUCGAACAAAUCUACCUAAAGAAGUCAUGAGUUUUACUGAUUACUCAUUUGUCGAAAAGGCAGAAAAUAGAAAACGAGUCAAUUUUCCUGGACACAAAGAAGUGUUGAAGUUUUUGAAUGAGUUUGCUGAGGAUUACGGGAUUAUUGAGUCGAUUCGAUUCAAUUCGGAAGUUGUACGAGUUGAGCAGGUUGAGUUUGAGGGAAAUCGUUGGGUUGUUAGAUCGAAAACGGAUGAGUUUAGUUCAGAAGAACUGUUUGAUGCCGUAGUGAUUUGUAAUGGACAUCAUACAAUACCGAGAAUUGCAAAUAUUCCAGGUAUAAACAAUUGGCCUGGAAAACAAAUGCAUAGCCACAAUUAUCGAGUUCCUGAACCAUUUAUGAAUCAGAUUGUAGUAGUAAUUGGAGAUGGACCAAGUGGGCUUGAUAUUUGCCAAGACAUAGCCACUGUAGCCAAGCAAGUUCAUCUUUCAGCAAGAUCGUCUGAAGCUGAAGUUUCAAAAUUGGGCAAUUCUGCAAAUAUAUGGAACCAUUCAAAGAUUGACCAUGUUGAUGAAAGUGGUGUAGUUUCUUUCUUGGAUGGAUCAUCUAUUCAUGCUGAUAUCAUUCUUCACUGCACAGGGUACAAGUACGAUUUCCCAUUUCUUGAAACCAAUGGAAUAAUAAGUGUAGAUCAUGAGGACCGUGCUGUUGGACCACUAUACAAGCACGUCUUUCCUCCAAAGCUUUCUCCCUGCCUCUCCUUUGUUGGUAUACCUUAUCAGACAAUUGUGUUUCUCACGCAUGAAUUACAAGCCAAAUGGAUUGCACAAGUUUUGUCUGGAAAGGUGAUUUUACCAUCUGAGAAGAUGAUGUUAGUUGAUGUUGCGGAUCAUAACAGGCACCUUGAGGAAGACGGCAUCCCAAAACAUCACACCCAUUGCCUUCACCCUCACGAGCUGGAGUACAUGGACUGGAUAGCAGCUCAAGUGGGAAUGCCACCAGUUGGUGCUGAUCUGAAGGAAAUGUAUUGGAGUGUUUACAAAUGUGCUAGUGUAGUAGGGUAUGAUUGCUGCAGGGAUGUAUGGGACAUUGAGAAUUUUACUCAAUGGUCUUUUUAGUUAUCAAAAUUAGUGAUUUUUUGCAUGCAAGACCAAAUAAUAAAACAAAAAGACGUGAAUAAGUAUUAUGCUUUAACAUAAACUUUGUAUCAAAGUUUUGCAUCAACAAGAACUGAUUUUCCCUA